AUGGAUUCUGAAAUAAGCUCGUGGCUAAUUAAUCCACAAAAUGUUUUCAACGAUAAUAUUAAAACAAAUAGUCGAAACGACGAUAGUUUCCAACCACCAAACUUCAUGCAAGGGGUCAAUGAUGAAUCAUUCUUAAACACUAGUAAUAAUGCAAGCGGGUUUGACUUGCAAGGGUUCUCAAAACCUUUAGAGUUUCAAGAUUCUGCAAAGGGUAAUUUAAAUCCAACAAUGGAUAACAAUUUUGAUUUACAAUAUAGUGAUAUAGAUAACUUGUUAACCCAAGAAUUAAAGGAUCUAGAUAUUCCUAUGGCACCUUCUCCAAGUGGCAACGAAUUUGAUUGGAGGCAAAAAAACAUUAUUACUACCCCUCAACAAGUUGGAUUACAACAUAGUAAGAAACCUUCAAUGGCUCAUAAGAGAGGAAUGAGUGGUACUGCAAUUUUUGGAUUUGCCAACCAUAAUAAAACAUUAAGUAUAUCAAGUAUUCAAAAGACUAUCCGUGAUAUUUCAAAGGAUCCAAAUCUUAAUAGCAUUAUCAAUAAUUACAACUCCAAUAGUCCAGAGUCGAUGGAAAUAUCAAAUUAUAAUACUUUUUCUGCAAACCCUGUCGAUAUCAUUAAAAAUAAUAAAAAUAGUAACUCUACUAAUGAACAAUUGAGUCAAAUGAUUUUGAAUCAACAGGAGACAUUAAGAUUAGAGUUAGAGAAACAAAAAGAGAUGAACAAAAAAUUAGAGUUACAAUUGAGGGAGAAUCAAUUGCAACAGGAAAAAUUACAACAAGUAUUACAUGAACAAGAGGUCACUACCCAACAACAGCAACAACUGAAUAAAGGUAUGUCAUCUAAUUCAGGGUCACCGCUUCGUUCACAAAUUGUACCACAAAUGAUUCGCACCCCAGCUAAGUCACAGAGAGGUCAUGGUGAGGAUGAUCCAUUGAUUGUCACUAGUAAUUCUGCCAUGGGAACGUAUCAAUUCCCGCCUCCACAAUCAUCUGCGACCUCUCAACAAAUGCUGUCUUCACCUACUCUUUCGAACAAUAUAAUCAACGGCUCACCUUCAAAAGGUUACAGCGUAGGACGGACACGUAAGGGUCUCAUUCCGAACUUACAAUUAGAAGAUGGCGAAGAUUUUGUCAGAAGUAGUUCAGGAAUUCCAUCAGCUCCUCCUGCACCAGUCUUUAACACAUUUAAGAGUCCCUCCAGAUCACCCAAUAACGACAACAAUAUCAGGGAUAAAUUCGGAUCUCCUGAAUAUUUUGGUGGAAUGAAGUCCAGGGAUCGUGAUAUGACUCCAUUUACUCCACCAUCUAUGAACGGAUCUACAGAGGGCCGUUUACAUACAAAGAAGGAAUCUGUAUUAUCGAGUGCGUCAACCAUCCCACAACAGGAAGCAUAUGACAACCGAUCGAAGAAUAAUAGUAACAACGGACUUCUAGGUCUGGGGAUCUCUAUGCCCACAAUACCAGGUUCUAAAGAGACUACACCAGUCAAAUGCAAACUCCCACAAAAACACACUUUCCAGCAUACACCAGUGAAAAAAGGUGUAGAGACGUCAAAUGGAAGUCCAUUAGCAAAACAAAUGGCCAUUCCUAUGAUAGAACGAACACCAGAGGUAUAUACUAGAUUACCAGAUCCAGUCGAGUUUACACCAAGUCCGAAGAAGAUCACUAAGAAACCUACAACGUUACCUCCUGGGUCCAUUGACAAAUAUGUUAAGGAGUUACCGGAGAAACUGUUCCAAUGUUUAUACCCAGGAUGUGGUAAGGCAUUCAAACGUCGUUAUAACGUUAGAUCCCACAUUCAAACACAUCUACAGGAUAGACCUUAUCAAUGUGACUAUGAUGGUUGUGGCAAAGCGUUUGUUAGAAACCAUGAUCUUGUCAGACACAAGAGAACUCACGAAGCAAAAAUAUAUGGAUGUCCCUGUGGUAAACGUUUUAGUAAAGAAAGCAGUCUUUUAAAUCAUAGAGGUAAAAUGAUAUGUAGUGGGGGUAAAAAAUUCGAUACAUGUAUUACUAAAUCGUCGUCACCAUCCAAACGUUAUGACUAUGAUGAGAACAAUGUUAAUAGUAACUAUGGUGCUGAGCACCAGAGUCCCGUCAAGACAAACAUCGAGAGAGACAAGCGUGGCUACGUUCUGGCAAAGAUGGAUGAACAAUUGUCGAAGGAUAUUGAGAAAUAUGGUUUGUUAAACCCUCCACAGGAAGUAAUAUCCCGCUCCACGCCAACCAAAAUGCGUGCAAUGGCUGGCAAUAUGUUUGUGACAACCCCACCAUCCAGUUUCAGUGACUUGGAAUCUCCAUAG